AUGUACGAGAUUACACCUUUCCGAUUAUGGAUCUUCCCGAAGAUCCACGUGUGCGCUGAUAUUUUAUCCAUCAUUUUCAACAUAACCUUGCUGGCCGUAAUUUUGACAAAGACUGCUAAAACGUUCAGAAGCUAUGCGGUUGCGUUAUUUUGCGUCUCGAUGCAAGAACUUUGCGCUGCGGUGACUUCAGAAUAUGCCAUGGUCAGCGUGCUCGCCAUGACCCUCUGGGUGACCCUGCCAAUGUUUCCGUGCUACGCUGUCUCCCAUUAUUAUCGACAAAAGUUCUUGAUAGAUAUUCGAAAAUCGGCAAUGUCUGAAGCGACGAAAAAAGCGCAGCAAAAGAUUGUUCAGAGCCUCACCAUCCAGGCCAUACUGCCACUUUUUCCGAUGUGUAUGGCUGGAGGGUACAACUAUAAGCAAUUUAAAUUGCCCUACUACGAAUACUUCCCCUACUUCGAAGAGUGGGCAAUGUUAUCGGUAACGAUCGUCAGCGCUAUAAACCCGCUACUAACGAUGUUUUAUACUAUGCCAUAUCGGAAUGCUAUCAUCAAAAUGGGCAGAUCAAUUGUGAAAAUUUGCAAAAAGCGGCCCGAAAAAUACGAGGAUGGCGAGAAACCAACUCCCGGAUCUUCUGUGGCUCCUGCCACCUCUGGGCCAACCAGCUAUGGCGACAAGACCUUCUAC